AUAGACACAGCUACUGUUAUUCAAGGCUUAAACAUUAACCUGCUGGGAUUACAGAAUCUAUUCUUCGUGGGGAUUUUCUGUAUUAAUGAUCAAAACUAAUGAGUUUAUCUUGUAAUAUUACAGUAAUAUAUAUAUAUCUGUGUUGUGUAUAUGGUUCAAUAUCAAUUCUGCUACUUUACAAUUACAGACUUUGUGAAAUAUUCAAACUGCAAUUCAUUUAAACCCAAUUUAGAUCUGCAGCUGGUUAUUUGGAAUUUACUGUGAAAGUUAGUGCAUCAGAAAUUGGAUACAGAAAAUUAAAAGGAAUUGAAGGAAAGAUGAGAUGAAAUAGUUUUAAUUGUGUUUUGUUGAUAAGGCGUUGUUACGUUUGGAUAACAAGUGGUUUGGAAGGGAAGGAAAUUAAGACAAUCAUGAUUAUAGAAUAAUUACAUUGGCAGUGGAGUUGGAAUUGUUGUAGUGAUCGGGGCAAAAGUGGAAAAACACCACAAGAUCAUCAGAAUGGAAAACGGGUAAACUGUACACAGGAUUUCUUGGAUAAUUUAUGAUGUUGCCAGAACUAUCGUGAAUAUUUGUGUGCAGUCUUUUGUAAUAUAUGCAUUAAUGUUGAUCAUCAGACCGUCAAAAAUAAUACCGAUUUUUUAAUGAAGUAAGAAACAGAGGAGGUUUUGUUGGCAGUCGUGUAUUUUAGUGUGUAUAUAUAUAUAUAUAUAUUGUAUAUAAAGAACAACAAGUUUAUUUGUAUGCCAACAGAUUUUUGGGUAUUUAAAAUAUCUGGAAAAUAACUUCCAUUAUAAUAGAGAUUUUAAAUCAUCGGGAAUAAUACAAUUAAACCAAUACAAGGGAUACAAGAAUAAAAGAACAAUAACGAGCAAGAAUACUCGGUAAACAUGGAUUUCCUUGGGUCGACUUUGAACAAGUUUCGUCCACGUCGGCGGUCGAUGGGAACAAUAAUUCCGACGCUUCAAGUGAUCCCGGACAAUGAUGAACCAGUCCACCAUUUUGCACCGGAUGAUCCAGAGGACGAGACACGUCUUAUGCUUAUCAAGAAACAAAGCAAGCGACGGGGUUCGUGUCCCGCUCCUAAUAUAGCACAGGACUUGAGUGCAAUAGCGAUGCCAUUAAUGGAGACAGACCCAAGCCCUCAGUCACCGGUGGGACAGUAUCAUGGGUCGGCUGACAACGUUGAUGGGGAGUUUCGCCAACGGUCGGGUUCGACAGGUCUUAAAGGUCUCUUUUCCAAAGACAAAAGUCGUAAAAAGUCUGGCGAUGAAAGUGGAAAGGGAAACUCGCCAUCGACCUCAUCAAAAGUUAAAAACUUUUUUGAUGCAAUCAGACCCCGCUCAAAAUCGGAUUUAUCAGGAGUUAAGAAACCGAACAAAAAAAUGUUGCAACAGGCUCGCAUGGACGCUUCCAUGGAUGAAGCAACGCUAAGUGCCUUAAAAAGUAACGACCAUUUUGUAUCUAUGCCCCCAACAAAUGGUGAGAACCCCUCGCCUAUGGCAAGAAUAAUCGGCGAUCAAUUGCGGGUUCCGAAUUCUCGUCAGCGCCAUGCAUCAGGUCCACCCACUGGGGUCGAUCAGUUUCACAAUCGAUAUCGACCCAGAGCAAAUUCAGACUCUAAACACAUGCGACCGCCACGAAAAGCCUUGGUACAUCAGACAAGCUGUAGUCCCCCCUCAAGUCCAAAAGUUGUGUCGCCACUGCGGUCAGCUUCUCUAUCAAAUGAGCCAAAAUCCGCACCAGCUCAGGGUUCAAAGUUGUCUCCCUUCCAGAACUUUCAGAAUGACCACAGCCACGCGAUCAUCUACCGACCAGAGAGUCCAAAUACUGUCAAGUUCAACCUGGAUGGUGAAAUGGAGCGGAUGGAAAUUGAAGACCUGGAUGAAAACGAGGAUACAGUCUUUGCAAAGUUUAUGCGGGCUCAUAAGUGCUAUGACAUCAUUCCGACAAGCGCAAAACUUGUCAUCUUUGACACGCAGCUAAACGUGAAGAAGGCGUUUUUCGCGUUGGUUUACAAUGGUGUACGAGCAGCCCCAUUAUGGAGUAGCGCAAAACAGGAUUAUGAAGGAAUGCUGACAAUAACGGAUUUUAUCUCGAUUCUACACAAAUACUAUACUACCCCAAGUGACAGGAAGAGAGAAUCCACGGACACAGCGGAAACAAAGAUGGAUGAGCUUGAAGAACAUAAUAUUGAGAAAUGGCGAGAGGUUCUGAAGGAUAAACAGCGGCCGUUCGUGUGUAUUGACCCAGACGCAAGCCUGUUUGAAGCGAUCCGCACUUUGAUCCACAAUCAUGUGCAUCGACUUCCUGUCGUGGAUCGGAACACUGGAAACGCCAUCUACAUUCUUACACACAAGAGGAUACUACGAUUUCUGUACCUUUAUAUCAAUGACCUACCAACUCCGUCAUUUUGGAACCAGACAAUCAAAGAACUAGAAAUUGGCACUUACGAUAAAGUUAUUACGGCAAGGAGGGAUACCACUGUCUACGAAGCGCUAAACCUGUUUGUCAUGAACCGGAUAUCAGCCCUUCCUGUCUUGGAUGACGAUCAAAAAGUUGUGGACAUUUAUGCCAAGUUUGAUGUCAUCAACCUAGCUGCUGAGAAGACCUACAACAACCUGGACAUAACGAUAGAACAGGCACUUCAGCAUCGCAAGGGUGCAAAAUGGUUCGAGGGUGUAGUCAAGUGCAAGGAAACAGACAGCCUGAAGACCGUUGUGGACAAGAUUGUAAAAGCGGAGGUCCAUCGGCUGGUGAUCGUUGAUGAGGAGGGACAUGUGUCAGGAAUUAUCUCCCUUUCUGACCUCCUCAACCACCUCAUCCUUAAACCAAUGGGCAAUGAGGUGACUGAGAAAAAGAAUUUCUUUUCUACCUGAGUACCCAAUGGAAAGACAUCCAGAUAAAAUGUUAGCCAAUCUUGACACUCGAAACAUCUGCUGUUGGAAGAGCCAUGCAUGUGAAACUGUGAAACAGAUUCCAAUUGGCCGAAAUUUGUGCACAUUUAGAUAAUCAUCAAUGCAUAAAUGGCCUUUUGUGAUUGGCUGAAGAAAAAUGUUUUAUGUAAGGAUCCACUUGAUUGGACAAGACAUAGACUGGUUGUGUAGUAAAAUGGCUUAAAUAUCAGUGUUUAGCAAUAUAAAAGGAAAAAAAAGUAACCAAUCACCAAUACAGUACUUUACAUUGUAAAUAUUACAUUAAAUUCAAUGGCCAUUAGUAAUAAAUAUAAAUGUUCUUUUAAAGAAAAGAAAUACUUUUGCAAAGCAGUAUUUUUUUAGCUGUGUUUAGAUCCUAAACAGAUGUUUGUAGCUGUGGUUUAUGUUGCUGGAUAUAAAAGGUUUAUGCAUUUUUUUACUGAUUUAAAGAUGUACCUGAUUUGAGCUGAUAUUUAUGAUAAAAUGCUAUUUAUGAAAUGUAACCACUUUUCAUUUAUCAUGUGGAAAAACUGUGCAAGCAUAUAUUUGUAAUUGUGAAGAUUAAUGUCAUCGACUAUUGAAAAAAUUCAGGAAACAGCGGCGUAGUUUGGCUGAAAAAUUAUGUGUAGUCUGAUUUCUAUGUGGAUUAUUCUUUAGCUCGAUUGUUGGAUGUGCGUGUUGGCGUAUUAUAAUUCCAACGGUAAAAUAUAGUUCAUGUACACCUAAAAUACUGGUACUAUCAAACCUUAAAUUUAUGUUUGGCAUUUUUUAUUUUUCGUACUUUAGCAAAAAGUGUAAACUGUGGCCUACGCAGCCUAUAGGAUGCUUGCGGACUUCAUGUUCUAUUAGAACCUACGCCUCUGGAAACCGUACAUGUUUCCUUAAUUUUAUGUACCUUUUGGUAAUUUCGGCGGUUUUGGUAAAAUAUUACGGUUUUGGUAAAAUAUUACGAUCAUAAACAUACCUACUUAUUGAAAUGAAUGUUAACCAAUUGAACUGUUUGGUUUAGGCUUUUAAACAUGAACUAUCAUUUUGUUAUGUUAUAUUUUUUAUCAUAUUUAUAUUCAAGCAGUUUUAGUGUGAUGUAAAAACCAUAAUGCCAGCUUGGAAAAGCGAUGAUUUUUUUCAUAUUUAAAUGAUCCCAUUUUAAGAAACUAAACAGAAAAAUAAUCUCAAUGAUUCCUUGUGUAAUUCCAAUUGUAAGAUGAUGCAAUGAAGAAUGAAUCUAUUUUUUUUUUAUAGAUUUUUAAUAACAAAAUUUCAUUUGAGCAUGAAUUUGCAUUGUCAGUCUCAGAAAUAAAUUUAAAAUUUAGAUUUGUAAAUGUAAAAAUAAGGGUAGAGUAAUAUUUUCAGCAUAAGUAUUUGUUUCCAUGAAAACAACCAAGAAGAAAAUGUUUGUUGGAUGCACUCAAUCGUAAGAUGUCCCCGAUAUCUACGCUUUAUUUACCCUUUAUGUUACUGUCACAGGAAUACCUGCGCAGAAUUGUUUUUUGGUAGUGCAGUCUACAAUUAUUGCAUCCAAGAAUGGAAAUAAAUUUUGCAUAAUCGUUUUAUUGUCUCAUCAGUAACGGUUCGUCAUUUAUAUUCAUGAAAUACAACAACUUAGGGUUAAGAUGGAUCUUGCAUGUCAGAGCUCCCAUUUGGGUUAUUUGUGUGGCAACAAGAUACGGUAAUGAUACAGGAAGGCAUCUUCUAUUUCAUAAGAUGAGUACAGCUGGGUUUGUUAUUGUUUGCAGUUAUGUAUACAUGGUUAUGAUAACAUGCCUCAACACCAUAAUUUGACGGCUUAGCACAAUGCUGGCGUAUUUCCUCCUUUUUUUUGAAGAGGUAACAACUGUCAUGCAUUAAGCCCUUGUUGUUAUUUUCAUUAGCAUUCCAUUGGUGUUAACAUUUGAUAUUUUUCUGCAUUGAAAAACCACUUGAACUGAUAAUUAGGCUAAAGGAUCACAGAUUUUUUUUUUUGGCAACAACCUUUUUCAACUUAAAAUGUAGUUAUUUCAAGUAAUGAUAAAACACACACUGGCAGAUGCUCAUUUUAACAGAAAUUUUGUAAAUACAAGCCUGACUUAUCAAUUUUCAACGGUUACUCGGUUUUUUUUGGGCACAAUAGAGCAAUUAUGCCACAUUUCAAAUUAUUUAUGAACAAUAGAGCUUUUAUUUCAUUUUUUGUUUUUUCCAUCAUAUUUAGUGAUAAAAAUUGGCAUUUUGUUCAUAUUUCACAUAAAUGAAAAGAAGUGUAAGUCUGACCCUAUAAACUAUGAACGAAACAUAUUCUUAUUGGUUUUUCACAAACUGAUCAGGUUAAAGGGAAUUUAAGAUUGAUAUUAGCCUGUUUGUCAGUGAUUAUGGUGUUGCGAAUGUUUCAUCAUUGAGAAAAGCAAAUCAAUCUGGAUGCAAAAUUAUAACAAUCUACUUAAAUUUUUAGCCUAAUUUAAAGCAGUUCCAGUAUUCUGUUUCUACCACAUUAGUAAAAUUUCCAUGAUUUAAAUGGACACACAGUAUAUUUCUGUGAUAAAAAAGGACUGCUUGAUGCACUGACAGUACCUUUUGUUUUGUUACAGCAGUUUCCAGAAGACUUAAUUCGCUGAAGUGUUUUUCCACUUAAUUUUCAUUUUUGUGCAAAGUAUAAUCUCAUCAGUUGUGUUAAUAUUUAGUUUCCGUUACUGAAUUACUAUUAUCAUGUCAGCAAACUUGUAAAUGCACUUUCUGUACCAGUAAUUAGAUGAUACAAAUUUUAGUAACGAAGAUUAUUUAGACAUAAUUUAGAUUAAUAGUGUAGUAAUAAUAAAUAUUGCUUCGGAAUUCUGAAGUGACAAAAAAAGUGUUCAUUGUGUAUAUUCAUGUGAUUGUUAAAUUUGAGCAUUAUCAAUUGAUAACCGUUAUAUUGUGGGAUCAGGGAGCUUAUCAAUAUGGUCAUACAUCCAGCGGGAGUUACUGAAGGCCUUUGAAUUGAGUGCCCAUAUUUCUCAAGUGAGCAAUCUUCACUUGGAACUCCUUCAUGAGUUUUGUCCUAAAUUGUUUUAUGGGUUGAGAGCGGGACGUGUUUCCCCUAUCAUAGGAAAUAUUUUGAGAAUACAGUAAUGAAAUAAUUACUUGAAACUUCCAGUGAAAUUUUAAUUAACAUCAACCAGUUCAAUGCUGCAUAUACCAGUAGAUGCUAAGUUUUUGGACAAGUUUUGAGGUUUUUAACAAGAUUACUUGUUCACCCCUCAUCCCCCUUAAUUGACAUCCAUAUUUUCAUUCCUGAUGGCACUUGCCAUAUUGGGGUUACUGAAAUUGAUUUGUAUGCCCAGGCAUACGGGAGUACGUCCAAGUACGCCCCUGACAUUAUUGACUGUAGGGUCAGUUAUUUUUUAUCAUGCAAACUGAUUGUGUUCUGGGAUCCAAUUUAAAAGCGUUCUUGAAUAACACCCGAUAUGGAUGUAUCAAUUAAAUAUGCCACACGUCACAUCUUAGCUCGCCUAUCACAUGACGUUGAUGUUUACAACUUGUCUAAGUUGAACACUAAACCAGUACUUUUUUGUAUAUUAUUAACAUACUGUAUGCAGUUUAAAUGUAUGAUUGUGAAUGAUUGGUUGUCAUUUUUGUUAAUAAGAAGUUACAAUAAAUCAAAAUACUUACA